GCGAUCUGUGCUAUUAAUCUGUGCUGUAACAAUAUCUAACGAGCCUGGUAUCCGAGUUCAAGUCCACCACGAGUGCGGACCCAGUGAACCGUUUCGGCAGCACUGCGCGUAGGCGAGAUCGCGGCGCAAAAACGCGAGCGCAGCGUGAGUCGAAGUUGAUCUGUUGAUGUCCAGUGGUUCUGUGACGCUCGCACGGUCGCGCGGCGAUUGCACGAAGCACGACGGGGACACAUCCGCGAGUAUUCGGGUCGGCCUGGAAAAGGAGGGAAAAAAAAAGGGGGAACUCGCGAUCGUGACCAUCGUGACUCACUUCCGCCGUCUACGUCACUGUCACCGUCUGCGAGAACGCGAGGUGCGUCCUGUCGCUACGCGGACGAUAAGCGCCUGGUGGCUACUGCAACCGGGCACCGUCUGGAUCCGUGCACGCGACAUCGCCGUCCGUUGUUCCUCGUCGGUGCCGCGCCCCGUUUCCUGGCAAGGGGCACUCGCGACGAUGGCGUCUUACUCCGAGGAUCAGCUGGCUGAAUUCCAGGAGGCGUUUCAAUUGUUCGACAGCCGCGGGGACGGCAAGAUCCACGUGUCCCAAAUCGGUGACGCGUUACGCGCCCUCGGUCAAAAUCCGACCGAGUCGGACGUGAAGAAGUUCACUCAUCAGCAUAAACCGGACGAGCGUAUCAGCUUCGAGGUGUUUCUACCGAUCUACCAGGCGAUCAGCAAGUCCCGCACCUCCGACACGGCGGACGACUUUAUCGAGGGCCUGCGUCACUUCGACAAGGAUGGAAAUGGCUUCAUAUCUUCCGCGGAGUUGCGGCAUCUUCUGACGACGCUUGGUGAGAAGCUCAGCGACGAGGAGGUAGAAACGUUACUGGCGGGCCACGAAGAUUCACAGGGUAAUAUCAACUACGAAGAUUUUGUUCGCCAGGUCAUGUGCGGCUAAGCUAGCCACUUAAUCGCACGCGAUAGAGAGAGAGAGUAUUUAUCGUUUACUUUGCCACUUAUUCGUCGAAUCUGUUGAAGCGUUUUACUUUCCAAGUAUCAUAUCAUAGCAUGUGUACGGUGAUUUAUCUCGAGAAAACCCCGUAACGUGAACACUAUUUUAUUACGUACUAUGGAAAGAAGGGUAGUCCCUUUUAUAAGAGAGAAUCUAAAUUAGUUAAACGAUGGUAGGUAAAGAACAAUCUAGCGCAUUGUGCCUUGACGUAUACUCCGAUUUACGAGCAUUUAGUGAUAUCGAUAGUAAGACAUACACCUAUUGUACGAUCAUUCAGCGCGAUAUCUGAAUUCCACGGACAUUCCAAAUUUUUGUUUUUGUAAGAUAGAAUACUCGGAGAAAUCGAGGAUGUCUGACCCUCAAGGGCGAGGACUGAGCAUUUUAAUUCACGCCAAUACACUUAAUGGCCAUGUACUUUUCCCCCUUUUUCCCCUAUCGAGUUCAAUACAUCCUGCGUAGUUGAAAUGUAUGUUCGAGGAUCUUCCAUCUAACUGUGACAUGCCUUGGAAAAAGUGCGCGAAGAGUAUCCAUUUUAUUUAUUUAUGCACGAGCGUAUUUGUGUCUCCGAAAUGCGUAAGCGAAGAUUAUUGUACAUUGCAGUGAAUAAAAGGAAAAAUUGCUCUAAGAA